CAAGCUGCGUCACCGCCGCGCGCCGCCAUGGGAAUCGACCUCGUCGCCGGCGGCCGGAACAAGAGGACCAAGCGCACCGCGCCCAAGUCGGACGAUGUCUACCUCAAGCUCCUGGUCAAGCUCUACCGCUUCCUGGUGCGGAGGACCAAGAGCCACUUCAACGCCGUGAUCCUGAAGCGGCUCUUCAUGAGCAAGAUCAACCGCCCGCCGCUCUCGAUGCGCCGCCUCGUCAAGUUCAUGGAGGGCAAGGAUAACCAGAUCGCCGUUGUCGUUGGCACCAUAACCGACGACAAGAGAGUCUACGAGGUGCCCGCAAUCAAGGUGACCGCGCUCAGGUUCACCGAGACGGCCAGGGCCCGCAUUGUCAAUGCUGGUGGAGAGUGCCUCACCUUUGACCAGCUCGCGCUCCGUGCUCCUCUUGGACAGAACACGGUUCUCCUGAGGGGUCCUAAGAACGCUCGUGAGGCAGUGAGGCACUUUGGUAAGGCUCCUGGUGUACCGCACAGCCACACCAAGCCUUAUGUCCGUUCCAAGGGAAGGAAAUUUGAGAAGGCCAGAGGAAGGAGGAACAGCAGAGGCUUCAAGGUCUAAGCUAUUGCAUCGUGUCCAUGUGCUACACAGCUCAUGUUUGUUUCUGAGACUUCUGUUACUACUGAAGUGCCAGGAUCCUCUAAAUUUUGUUCGAAUGCCAUGCAUUGUGCAAGAAAUUUACAUGUGUUUUCUGUAGACAAUGGAUUUAUAUUUGGGAUCAGUGCUCUCUGGUUUUCAA